AUGGCUGAUUCGAACCCCAUUCACGAUGACCCAUCAACGAUUCCAUCGCUCUCAACCGAUGACCCUAAUGAUGCAGGAAAUGAUGUGAAGUUGAGUUCUAAGGACCAGAGAGAUGCUCUGCCAGUUUGGAAUGUAAACAGUCGAGGUGACCAGAUUCAGGCUGAAUUGCUUCGAAAGAAACUUGACAUUCACGUGAAGGGUUUUGUGUCAGCACCUGUUUUAUCGUUUGCUUCGUGUAACCUCCCUGACAAACUACUGCAUAACAUCGAAGGAGCUGGAUAUGAGAUGCCUACGCCUGUCCAAAUGCAAGCAAUCCCUGCUGCUUCGAUGGGGAAGAACAUGCUUGUUUUGGCCGAUACAGGAUCUGGAAAGUCCGCUUCCUUUCUUAUUCCAAUAAUUUCCCGUUGUGCGAUUCAUCGUUUGACUUAUGUUUCGGAUAAGAAAAAGCCUUUAGCUAUGGUGUUAACACCUACAAGAGAGCUUAGUAUACAGGUUGAAGAGCAUGCGAAAUUGCUCGGAAAAGGAUUGCCGUUUAAAACCGCACUUGUGGUUGGUGGUGAUGCAAUGGCUAGACAAAUCUAUCGCAUUCAACAAGGAGUCGAGUUGAUUGUAGGAACACCGGGAAGGCUCGUUGAUCUUUUAACAAAGCAUGAGAUUGAAUUAGACGGAGUAAUGACUUUUGUUGUCGAUGAGGUGGAUUGCAUGCUUCAAAGUGGUUUUCGAGAUCAGGUCUUACAAAUAUUUACGGCUUUGUCGCAACCUCAGGUCUUAAUGUAUUCGGCAACAAUGUCUGAUUCUUUAGAGAAGAUGGCGAACUCUCUUGCAAAAGAUACAGUGAUUAUAACCGUCGGUGAACCUAACAGACCAAAUAAGGCCGUGAAGCAACUAGCUAUUUGGGUCGAGUCGAAACAAAAGAAGCAGAAACUGUUUGACAUUUUAACAAGCCAGAAACAUUUUAAGCCACCUGUUGUAAUAUACGUCGGCUCGAGACUCGGGGCAGAUCUACUUGCAAAUGCAAUUACAGUUUCAACAGGAAUGAAAGCUGUUUCGAUUCACGGCGAGAAGUCAAUGACUGAAAGGCGAGAAAUAAUGCAAUCAUUUAUGGUCGGCGAGUUCCCGGUGGUUGUGGCUACCGGGGUUUUGGGUAGGGGGGUCGAUCUAUUGGGUGUAAGACAAGUAAUUGUAUUUGACAUGCCGAAUUCCAUUAAGGAGUAUGUGCAUCAAAUAGGAAGGGCUUCUAGAAUGGGAGAGGAAGGUGAAGCCAUAGUUUUUAUAAAUGAUGAGAAUAAGAAUGUUUUUGCAGAGUUAGUCGAUGUAUUAAAGUCGGGUGCGGCGGCUAUACCUAGGGAGCUUAUCAAUUCACAAUAUGCCACUGGAUUUUUCUCAGGGGGCAAGGGUUCAAAGAAGAGAAAGCAUAGAUGA